AUGAUCAUCGGUAAUCACAAUGAGGACCGGCAGGGUGAUAGAGGGAUAAGUACAGGCGUCCGAUUGUUCAGACGAAGAGGAGGUGGAGGUGCAGUGGCCUCCAUCGGCGGAGGGUCGCAGGCGGGUCACGGCUCGCAGAUGGUGGGGGGGUCCACCGCAGCACCACCGCCAGCACCACCGCCGACGCCGCCACCACCCCCACCUCCCCCCUCGCCACCGGCAGCUCCGCCCUCGACGGAACCCCCACCUCCCGCUCCUCCAGCUCAUAUACCCCGAGGCCCAACCCUAACGGGGGGUGUCCAUCCUCCGGACGAGGAGUUACCAGCAGAGCCACCCGAGUGGGAUGAGAAGAACGAUCCGACUGACGCGGAAAUCGCAAAAACGCUCGAGUAUCACGGCAAGAGGAUCUGGAAGAAGGGACCGUGCAAGAAGUACAAGGAAAACAGCAACAGCAGACCAAACAGACGGAGGAAGAAGGGCUGCAUAAAAGCGGGCAAUCACUUCAGAGAAAAAGCCGCAGAGAUCCCGUCGGAAAAUUGCCCUGACCCCGGGUGGGCACGCUGCUAA